AUGUCAGAGAUUCAUUACAACUACCAGGAUUUCAACCUAAAACUCUCCGAGCGAGAGGAAUAUGAUAUCGGAGCUCAAGAAGACGAGACCAUAUCGACUGCUUCCCAAUGGACAUUACCCUGCAAAGAGUUUCAUGGUCUUUGGGAAAAUCUAGUCUACGACAGCAAUUUGAAAGAUCAACUCUUGUCUUACGCCAACACAGCAUUAAUGUUCUCUGAUCGUCAAGUGAAUUCGCACAUAGUGUCUUGCAACAGAGUCGUUUUGCUGCACGGACCACCGGGCACAGGAAAGACGUCGCUUUGCAGAGCUUUAGCUCAAAAACUUGCCAUUCGUCUCGGUGACAGAUACCUUCAAACCCUUCUCAUUGAAAUAAACAGCCACAGUUUAUUCUCCAAGUGGUUUUCAGAGAGCGGAAAGCUUGUGCACAGAAUGUUUGAAGACAUAAGAGCCAAGACAAGAAAUCCAGAGCUAUUAAUCUGCGUUCUCAUUGACGAGGUCGAAAGUCUAACGGCAGCACGCAGUGCAGCCAUUAAAGGAACCGAUCCAUCGGAUGCUAUUCGCGUUGUCAACGCUUUCCUCACACAGAUAGACCGCAUCAAAAAGCAUUCAAAUGUCUUGAUCUUGACGACGUCUAACGUGACAGGAGCGAUAGACGUGGCCUUUGUCGACAGAGCUGACAUCAAGCACUAUAUUGGUGUGCCGUCAGCUGCGGCAGCAUAUAGUAUCUACCGUUCUUGCUUCCAAGAGCUCUCACGGGUUGGAAUAAUCAAGACGGGAGAAAAACUACUUGAUCUCAGGGCUCUUGACAUUUUGAGGAUGGCAGAAAACCCCAUUACGAGACUCAGUCUGCGCCUGCUAGACAUAGCCAGGCAAAGCAACGGCUUCAGUGGUCGGACUCUAAGAAAGCUACCUUUCCUAGCGUACGCUCUCUACUUUAAGGGAGGAAACGUCACUGCGGAGAUGUUUCUUGACAUGCUAGAGGCUGUUGUGCAAAAACAACACAAAGACAGAGAAAACAUGGACGUCGAACAGUGA